CCACUAACAUGCAUGUAUAUCGAUCGGCCGUCCAAAGCUCCACAUGACAGGCACACAAAGAGAGCCAUGUGCGACUCUGCAUCCUCCUCAAUCCUAUGGCUCAUGCAUGGAGCUUUCUCUCUUUCUUUCUUUCUUUCUUUCUUUCUUUACCUCCAUCUGUAAUCCUAAUCUUCCUUUAAAGGCAAGCUCUGCCGCUACACAUAAACGCAUGCAUGCAAGAAUGCAACAUGCAUGUUCAGCAGCGGUCACUCCACUCACACCUCGCUUUCCCUUUUCAAUCAUCCAGAUCAAAUUGGAUACCACUCUACGUAUGCAGCUUUGGCACAAAACUUUUGAUGGAUCAGCAGCGGCCGCUCAACACACAAUCAAUCCUAGCCGUUGAAAGGGAAAUGAGAACGCAGUAAAAAAGAAAAACAAGCCGUGUUGUUUUGCUUACAGUUUUACACUUUUACUCCGUAUUACUUAUAGGCAUGCCGUUUAGCUCAGAACCGUCGUGGUCAGUAGUUAGCUAGUUUUAUUUUUAACUGGGUAACUGCAGUUUGUUGUUAGUCGUUAGUCAGUCAUGUGGGGUCGAUAAAAGAAUAGCAGGUCAACCGGAGUCAAAGUUGGGAGUGAUGGCAUGGCAGGCACAACUAAAUCAUAUUUCUGUCCAAGCAAAGCAGCUUAGAACGGUCUUAAUUUGGCCAUUAUAAAAAAGCAAGCCGGGAACGUCACUCCGUUGGGAGCAGGAGUAAAAAAGUAACACAUCGUUUUCGCUCUCACGAGCUUAGCCGAUCCCGCCUAUUCAUAGACGAUCGACGGAGGCGUACGCCACCAACAAUCUCGUGACCCGCAGCCUGAACCAAACUUCCUGCUCGUUCAUGUCCGCAGGAAAGCCGGCACAGCUAUAGCAGCAGCACUCGUCCAUCGGUGUUCGUUCUUGCGACGAUCAAGUGGUCGAUCGAUGACGCUUGACGGCGGCGUGACAGUCACCACCGACGGCGCCGGCGUGCCACCGGCCACGGAGAGGGGCGGUGCCCGCGUGGCGCCGGAAGUUGUGGUGGAGAGGGCUGCCGCCGUGGUGGCGACGCCUGCGAUGGAGAGGGACGGCGGCGUUGGUGCCGGCGUGGCGCCCGCUGCGGCGGAGAGCGACGGCGGCGGCGGGAGGAGCUGCGGCGAGCACUGCGUCAUCCGGGUGACGGAGGAGUCGUGCUGCGCGCGGUGCGUGUGCGCCGGCCCGAACCCGAUGAUGGCGCGCUACGUGUACGCGCUCAUCUUCCUGGUGACCAACCUGCUGGCCUGGACGGUCCGUGACUACGGCCACUCGGCGCUGGGCGAGCUCCGGCGGCUCAAGGGCUGCCAGGGCGCGCGCUACUGCCUGGGCGCCGAGGGCGUGCUCCGCAUCAGCCUCGGCUGCUUCCUCUUCUUCUUCGUCAUGUUCCUGUCCACCAUGAAGACGAGGAAGGUGCACGACUGCCGCAACUCGUGGCACUCCGAGUGGUGGCCGGUGAAGAUCGUCCUCUGGAUGGCCCUCACCGCCGUCCCCUUCUUCGCGCCCUCGCCGCUCAUCCAGCUCUACGGGAAGGUGGCACAUUUCGGAGCAGGGGCGUUCCUCGUGAUCCAGCUCAUCAGCGUGACCAGGUUCAUCACGUGGCUCAACGACUGCUGCCGAUCGGAGCUAAACCUCAAGAGAUGCCACAUGCAGGUGCUGGUGGUGUCGAUCGUGACGUACGUGGGGUCCAUCCUGGGGAUCGUGCUCAUGUACGUGUGGUACGCGCCCACGUCCGCCUGCAAGCUCAACAUCCUCUUCAUCACCGUCACCCUCGCGCUCGUGCAGCUCAUGACAUUCAUCUCCGUCAACUCCAAGGUGAAGGCCGGGUACCUGGCGCCGGGGCUGAUGGGGAUAUACAUCGUGUUCCUCUGCUGGUCCGCGAUCAGAAGUGAGCCGCACACGGAGAUCUGCAACAAGAAAGCAGAGGCUGCGACGAGCGCAGACUGGCUCAACAUCGCCAGCUUCGUGAUCGCGGUGAUCGUCGUCGUCGCGGCCACCUUCUCGACGGGGAUAGACUCAAAGUGUCUCCAGUUCAACAAGAGCAGCGAGACGGAGUCGGAGGAUGACGACAUCCCGUACGGGUUCGGCUUCUUCCACUUCGUGUUCGCCAUGGGCGCCAUGUACUUCGCCAUGCUCUUCGUCGGCUGGAACGCGCACCAGGAAAUGGAGAAGUGGACGAUCGACGUCGGAUGGGCGAGCACGUGGGUGCGCGUCGGCAACGAGUGGCUGGCGGCGAUCGUGUACAUAUGGAUGAUCGUCGCUCCGAUCGUGUGGAAGAGCAGGCAGGUCGGGUCGUCGUCCGCGUGCGCGUGAGCGGAUGCUUUUUUUACCUCGCUCGUGCUAAUUACCUACUGAUGAAGAACAACUAAUGUACUUACAAGAAACAAAAGAGAGAAGCAGGGAGCUUCACAUGAUUACCUACUGAAGAACAACUAAUGUACUUACAUGAAACAUAAGAGAGAAGCAGAGGGAGCUUCACAUGAUGCUACUUCGCUUACACGACGCAUGGACGGAUGAUGAAGAUGAUGAUGACGAUCAAGAAGUGUUGGUCAGCCGCUCGUUUUUGCCAAGCUGGGGGUAAAGAGGGAGGGGAGGGGAGAGAAGACGAACGUGUUCCUCUUUGUAUAUAUAAUGGGCCAAUUUUGCGUGUGGCCGUUGCAAUUGCAGAUAAAAGCUAAUCCUUCAGGAGCUGAGUUGAUUGUAUAUUCUCACUCCGAAUAGUGAUUUAUCGAGGAAGCAGCACCCACGUGGCUGGAUUUGAAAUUCGUUGUGGGGGUGUCGAAACUUCGGUGCCUGGAAAUGAAGGGGCCAAAUUCGUCAUAUGUUUGGCGAAACAAUGUUGAAUUAGUUUCGAUGGUUCGACGAGGAUAGAAAUAUAUCAAAAUCACUACUAAAGAGGUACAUUUCGGAAGGAUAUGUCAAGACUCUUGGUGAUGAUAAGUGGCACAACGAAUAUGCGUCAUUUGUUGUUACCGGAAAGAUUAGAAAAGUUUUUCUACCACACAAGGGAUGAGAGGUCAUUGCGUACACCUCUUUUGUUAGGAGCCCAUGUAGCCCAUACGCGUACUUGGGCUUCACAUGGGCCAGGCACGCCUGUGCACCACCGCUGUUGGCUACAGCAACCAAUUCAUCCGGUUGGAUCAGGAAAAAGGCGGCACGGACGGCUCCCUCUUCUUCCACCUCCAGCUUUCUCCUCUAUUUUUUUGCCAUUGUAUCUCCAUUGCUACCUUGAAGCUUUGUAAUAUUCAUCUGUGAUUGAAUAUCAAUUAGGCUGGUAACAUCUGGUAUCAGAGACUCCUCACCACCCUUCCCAAAUUCGUUCAAAAUUCUGCCCAAUUCCCCCCUUCCCGACCUUUCCGUCCACCUCUACCACCAUGAAUCCUGCCUUGAAGGUCUACCUGGACAAGCUCCACGGGGAGACCAGGGCACAAUACGGUGAAAUCCACAAACAACUCCAACUUCACGAGGCCCUGCAGACCAAGCCCUCCAGGGAGCACCGUCUCCGCACUGACACGCUCGGCCGCCGCGGCCUCUGACGGCGGCCUCUCCAUCGACACCAUAAUACCUGGGAUCGUCCCCGACCCCUUCUCUGCAACAACCCAGGCCUGGGAGGUCCAUGCAGCCACACACGACGCACCCACGAUCUGCGCAGAGAUGGCGCCUGUCACUUGUUCGACAGAGUGCUCAACCCAGAUCGACGUCGUCGCCAGCGUCGGCGAACUCCACGACAUCGCCACCACAAUCCACUACAAGCUCGCGCUCGAUUUCAUCCACCAGGAGGUCGAGCAACCCACAACUGCGUAGGCGACACCAUUCAUUAGCAUCGGCCCAUCCUCAACUACCAAGGUCGUUCCUCCCGUGGUGACCAACACCAACGUCGACCGCAAGGCCAGCGUGCAGGAGCGGGAGGACACACCACUGCCCUCCAUCAACACCUCGACCCCAGCAGCGAGUGAGAUGGACCACAGCAUGGUCCUCGUCGUCUCGAGCAACCUUACUUCACUGGCGCCGACCAAGUGCUCGACAAAAUACCCCAUCCAUGCGGGCGACCGGGUGAAUCCUCUGUUCACCCUGAGUAUGCUUUGCGCGACCUAUGCACCAUCCAGCUUGACUCACCCUGAUCAUCCAGAACCCUUGCGGCAUCCAUCACUGAUUGCACAAGAAGAAUAUGGCACUCACCUUGUGGACAAGAACAAAAAAUUGGGGCCUGCCACCACUAUGGCAGGGGUUCGAGCAACCAUGGCCGCCGCCUUUGCAAGUGUGUAUCAGAUACAUGGGACAACUAUUCAGGCCAAUACCGUGGCCGUUGUUCAAAUAUCAUUCACAUGCAUGCUAUCCUGAGGAGCGAUGUUCAGGUAUAAGUAGUCAUGCACAUGAAGUUUCAUGGUUCAAUCCUUGGCUAGUUCUGUUGCUAUUCAAAAAUAUGGUUUUCCUUCAAGUUUCUUCUUGUUAGAUGAUUCCCAUGGAAGAGGCUAUCAGUUUCCAAUCUGUUGAGAUUUUGCAACAUAUACCUGAUGACCCAAGGUCGCUCCUAUGGUCGCCAACUAGUACAGAGAGUUUAGGCAAGACAGUGGUGCAGGAAAUACCUUGCAACGGAAUCUUGCAUACUUUUUCCGGCAACGGCAGAGCAGUACAGGGUUAUGAUGGAACCAAGCUCCGACCAAGACCAUGACCACUAUUCGAGUUCAAUCAGGAGACCAUCCAGUUGAAGCUACAAUGGACAUCAUUUUCAGGUAAUUGCCAAGCAGUACAUCGAUGUUCGAGCAAUACCUAUGUUAUCAAGUCUAUCUGAAGGUAAUGAGCAUGUGAGUGUAUGAGCAAUUUUUGAAUCACAUGGAAAUUUGAGGGAGUGGCCAUUUCUCUUGAAAAUGCAGUUCUCCUUGGGAUCCUGUGGCGUUUUUUAUCGUA